CCGCUGAUCGUUCGAAACUUUUAUUCAGUAUUUAAGCAGUCGCGUUCCGAUGAAGGUCAGUAGACCGCUUCUGGCGAUCAGCAGCUCUAGCAAAGUGAAAAGUUUGAUCUUCGUUAACAAGCGCUCUAAACGGUUAAUGUGCUGCUGAUCGGACAGGUGUUUUUCUUUCUGUUCCAAAAUGACCCACUAACCAUAAAGUGGAUCGUGCAUCGCAAACCUCAAAAAAAUACCAAAGGUGCCACGUUUCGGACGCAGUUCCGAUCUUGUUAUAUUCAGCCUUCCGUGCAUUUGUCUGAGUCUAGUUUACAGUUUGUAAUAGUUAGUACGAUAGCGAUAAAAUAACGAUGCAUUCUUCGCGGGCGUUGAAUAGCUGGUGUAGAUUUGUGUUAAGUGGUGUUUUGUGCGUGCUAAUCUGUGAUAUCAGUCUGGUGACCGCAGCAGUAUUCAAAUCGCCCAACAGCGAUGACGCCGCCUUCUGGCACCGCCAGGCCGAAACCUACCUGAAAAAGACCCUCGAGUACGAAUCCCGUCGGAACGGUGCCGGAGUGGCCAAAAACGUGAUCAUUUUCGUAGGAGAUGGUAUGGGUGUGUCUUCCCUAUCGACCGGGCGUAUCUUCAAAGGCCAGCAGGCGGGACGCGCUGGUGAGGAAGAAACGCUGAGCUUCGACCACUUCCCGAAUACGGGUUUCUCGAAAACCUACAACACCGACCGGCAGGUACCGGAUUCGGCAGGAACGGCCACGGCCAUGUUCACCGGGAUCAAAACAAAAUCCGGUGUGAUUGGAGUGGACUUUACCGUGACGGAAACGAACGAAGAAGCGGCCAGUGUUUCCAGCAUCAUGGAAUGGGCUCAGGCAGUGGGCAAGCGAACGGGAAUUGUGACAACGACCAGAGUGACGCACGCGACUCCAGCGGCCGCCUUUGCCCACUCGUUCAACAGGAAUUGGGAGUGUGAUGCAAAGAUUCCAGCGAACCUACUCAACAAAACCAAAGAUAUUGCUAGGCAGUUAGUGGAGCACGCACCUGGUAAUAAAUUCAACGUAAUUUUGGGUGGCGGACGGAGUGAAUUUGGUGUUCCCAUUCCGGACCAUUCGAAGCUACAACUUAGGAUUAAUGGUUCGAUGGAUAAACCUUGCGCACGAACAGAUGGUCGGGAUUUGGUUAAGACCUGGCUGGCAGAUAAGAAUGAUUCGUCCGCUGCUUACGUUUGGAAUACCUCGCAACUUCUGAAUGCCGAAGUCGAUGAUCUGGAGUACCUGCUGGGGCUGUUUGCCGAUGAGCACAUGUCUUAUGAGACGAUCCGUGAUAAGAGUACCGGAGGCGAGCCAUCGUUAUCCGAUAUGACUGAGAAAGCAAUUCGGAUGCUGCAAAGAAAACAUUCCAAAGGAUUUGUGCUAAUGGUAGAAGGCGGACGAAUUGAUCACGGCCAUCAUCAAAAUAUUCCCCGACUGGCGUUGGCGGAAGUUGUCGAGCUGGAUAGGGCGGUAGAAAGGGCACUGAGCAUGGUCGAUUUGGAAGAAACUUUAGUCAUCGUAACAGCCGAUCAUUCACAUGUUUUGACCUUUAAUGGAUACCCCGAAAGGGGUAAUGACAUUCUGGGUUUCGGCAACAAAGCGGACAAGCUACCAUACGAAACUAUAACCUACGCCAACGGUCCGGGAUUCCGAACGCAUCGUGCCAACGACAGCAGCCAGGAAGAGAAACGUUAUGAUACCUGGGUCCCGGUGGAAACGAUGGACCGCUCACCGAUCGACUAUCGACAUUUGUCCACUUUCCCGAUGGACGAUGAAACCCAUGGAGGCGAGGAUGUGGCAGUGUUUGCCGCUGGUCCAGGCUCUGCUUUGGUACGCGGUACCUUCGAGCAGAACUACAUCGCCUACGUAAUGAGCUAUGCAGGCUGUAUGGGUCCGGCCAGGAAGCUUAACAAAGGCUGUUCACACUACUGGUGGAGUUCCUCGGGGGCUGGUUCCGUGGGUGCAUUUAGUUGGGUAGUGAACCGACUGUUGAUCAGUAUUGUUUCGGUAGCAUUUGCGAAGCUUUGCCACACAUUUUAAAACGAAUUUAUUUUAGUGUUGUUAGAGUUUAGUGUACAGUUAUCAAAUUAACCUUAAAAAAUAUCCAGAUAAUGUAUUUCGAAAAUACAUAUUUGUUGAAAUAUAAA